CAAAAACAAAAAAAAAAAAACAAUGUCUCGAAAACUCUUGUUCCUCGUCGCCACUCUAUCUCUCCCUAUCCUCAUGUCUCUAUCCUCAUUGUCUCCGUCAGUCUCCGCCGCCGUACCUCCGUCACCGGGGAGCGCCACGUCAGCAUCCAGUGUAUGUAAAUACGCACCCGACCCGUCUUACUGCCGGUCCGUACUCCCGAACCAACCAGGCGAUAUAUACUCGUACGGACGUUUCUCUCUCCGUCGGUCCCUUUCACGCGCUCGACGGUUCAUGUCAUUGAUAGACUUCCAACUCAGCCGAAAACGUCGAAGCCUCCCGAUUGCGGCGGUCAGGGCGCUCGAGGACUGUCGUCUGCUUGCUGGCUUUACGAUGGACUUCCUCUUGAACAGCUUCCAAACAGUGGAUUCCACAAACAAAACGCUGUCGUAUUCGACGGGUGAGGACGUUCAAACGCUUCUCAGUGCUGUGAUUACGAACGAGCAGACGUGUCUUGAUGGCCUUAAAGCCACCGCGUCGGAAAAUGGACUCUCCGGCGAUCUUUUCAACGAUACCAAACUCUACGGUGUCUCUCUCGCCCUCGUCUCCAAAGGUUGGGUGCCGAGGAGGAAGAGAUCAAGACCGGUUUGGCAACCGCAAGCACGCUUCAACCGGUUCAAGGGUUUCCGUAACGGUCAACUACCGUUAAAGAUGACGGAAAGAGCGCGCGCCGUCUACAACACCGUUGGCCACAGAAAGCUUCUCCAAACGGACGGAGACGCACUCAGCGUUAUGGUGAGCGACACCGUGAUAGUGAGUCAAGACGGAACGGGGAACUUCAGCAGCAUAAACGACGCCGUAUCAGCAGCGCCCAACAACACAAACGGCGCUAACGGCUACUUCUUGAUAUACGUGAUGGAGGGAGUGUACGAGGAAUACGUGUCGAUCCCAAAGAACAAGAAGUACUUGAUGAUGAUCGGCGACGGGAUCAACCGUACGAUCAUCACCGGAAACCGUAGCGUCGGUGAUGGAUGGACCACCUUCAAUUCCGCCACAUUUAUUGUGGUGGCACCGAACUUCAUAGGUGUAAACAUGACGAUGAGGAACACGGCGGGGCCGACAAAGGGUCAGGCCGUGGCGUUGAGGAGCGGCGGAGACCUCAACGUGUUCUACAGUUGCAGCUUCGAAGCCUAUCAAGACACUCUAUACACACAUUCCCUUAGACAGUUUUACCGUGAAUGCGAUGUUUACGGUACGGUCGAUUUUAUAUUCGGAAAUGCCGCCGUCAUCUUCCAAAAUUGCAAUUUAUUUCCACGUCAGCCUCGUCAAGGCCAAGGCAAUGAGGUUACCGCCCAGGGCCGCACUGAUCAAUGUCUCGAAAACUCUUGUUCCUCGUCGCCACUCUAUCUCUCCCUAUCCUCAUGUCUCUAUCCUCAUUGUCUCCGUCAGUCUCCGCCGCCGUCCCUCCCAGCAACUGGUCGAUCCAACAAAUAG